CAAGGGUAGAACAAGGCACGUCCAAAUUCUGGGACCAGACUGGGGAAUCCUCAAGGGGUGAAGAAGAAAGUAAAGCAGUGCAAGGUGAAGAACUGAAGGUUGCAACAUCACGCACCAGGGGGAAUAAAAUGGUAAUUUGCAAGUUGAAGAUGAGGAUGUCUUUGGCAUCUCUGAUGGCGUUGGUUCUCUUGGCCCUGGCCUUCCUGGGCCCUUGCCCUGGCUUGACAGCUCCCCUUGAGGCAUCAGAUGAUGAUCGUUUUGACCUGAAGAACUACGACCUGAACAGUGUAACAGACUGGGGCAAAGUGGGACCCACCAUUUAUGGUGACAAUUAUGAUUAUGAGGACUUGGACCAAGAAAUCGAAGUAGAGACCGUCGCAGCGGACAUCAACAGAUUAGGCAACCAGCCAAAAGUAAACCACCAUGCGGAAAAAGGGACUGUGCCGACUUUUACGCCUCCUCCUGUGACGUUGGACUUCAAAGGAUCCGGCCUAUUUGGACCUCACACGGGAAUGGGAAUGCCAACCUGCCUUCUGUGUGUCUGUAUUGGAGGGAAUGUGUACUGUGAUGACACAGGCCUGAAUCAGAUACCACCCCUGCCCAAGGACACCAGGCAUUUUUACGGACGCUUCAACAGCAUCCGACACAUCAAGAACACUGACUUCGUAAACCUCAGUAAGAUUCAAUCUAUUGACCUCACUGGAAACCAGAUUUCGGAAAUGGAUGAAGAUGUAUUUGCCUCGCAACAGCAGCUCCAUGACUUAUUGCUCGCUGAGAACAACCUACAGGCCUUGCCGGAACUACCAGUUACUUUGAAGUACAUCGAUCUACGAAACAACAGAUUGAUCAGCCGAGGGAUCUCUUCAGAGUCCUUCAAGGAUAUGAGUCAUCUGGAAUUCCUCUACCUAUCUAAUAAUAACCUGGAUUAUAUUCCAACACCACUGCCAUUGAGUCUCAAAGUAUUGCACCUGCAGGGGAACAACAUCCAGUCGCUGCAUGAAGACACCUUCUGCGACAGCCACGAUCGUUUCUUCAUCCGGCGUAACCUGGAGGAUAUUCGGCUGGAUGGCAAUCCUUUGAACAUCAAUCUGUUUCCUCAGGCCUACGUCUGUCUGCCCCGUCUGCCUGUCGGGAAUCAUUAAUAGUCACUGUGGAAGAAGAAAUAUAUAUAUAUAUAUAUAUAUAUAUAUAUAUAUAUAUAUAUAUAUAUAUAUAUAUAUAUAUAUACCGGUAUAUAUAUAUAUAUGUGUGUGUGUGUGUGUGUGUGUGUGUGUGUGUGUGUGUGUGUGUGUCCUAAACAGAAAUAUUAUCAUACAACUGUAUGGUUUUAGAUAUUUUAUAUAGGAACUUCCUAUUGCAGCUGCCAUGUGAGUGAAGUCCCCAGGCAUGACUGAAAAGUCGUUUCGAACACGACUGUUUAUUAUCCCUUGGUAGAAGCAACCCAUUUCACAAUUCAGUCUUUUGUUGAUGGUAUACAAAUUCUAACUAACAGAACCUUAACACACACGUCAUUGAUUACGUGUCAUUGAGUUUUUCAUAAUUGUUUUUAUCUGAAUGUGUGAGUCUUAAUGCAUACGCCAGUCGAUGAAUACAUAAAUGUACUUGUUUGUUUCAAAUCAUAAAAGUAGACUGAGCCAGACGUACAGACCGAGUUCAAGAUUAGCUGUGACUAUUCCAAAUAUUCUACGAGUUGAAAGUGGCAGCACCAUAUCUUUAACACCAUUUGAUAAGUUGAUUGUUUGAAAUGAAUAAAGGGGUCGAACAUUCAA